AUAUCGAAAGUGGCUUAUCAGAGAUGUUUCUUUGUUUUAGUGUACACGUAGAUCCAAAUUGCCAUAACGUCGUCAAGAUGUGUGCGGCUAAAUUAUCCACAUAUCCGUUUGAGCCUGAAUUGAUGUUCCCUUAGUGUCAAAGCUCAACUUCCUUUAGUGUUAAAGGAUCGAUAGCUCACUGUUGGUCAAAAGCUCCUUUUAAGGAAGUGUCAGACCAUAUAUGUACAGCAUCGGCGACUCGUGUACACCCUAUAAAUAUAAAAAAAAUGAUACGUCAUCCUUGAAGUUGCGUAGGUAUUUCAGUUCGUGUUAAGCUACCGAACAAGCGUUAACGUUAACAUGGCCUCUGGAGAGUCCAAUUUCUUGGCGCCUUCAGUUUUACUACUGUGUUUGUUGGGGUUCGCAAGUGCAGCACCAGCAAGCAACAGUAAAGUUGGGUCCGUAGAGAAGAAGAACGUAUUCAUUACUGGGCAGCGCAUCGAAGUUAUCAUUUCGUCAACCAAAGAGGAUACGAAUGUUUCGCUGAAACGAAUUUUACAGAAGCUGGAGUCGGUGAACGCUGAAAAUAAGAAACUGGUCAAAGACGUUCAAGCUUUGAAAACACAAAUCCACACAUUGGAAGACAAAGUUGGAAAUGCCUUCCUGUUUCCGCGUCGGGGAGUAAGCGACUACGUCAUUAUCCGUGGCAGCAUGCCGAAUCUCUCAGCUUUGACAGCUUGUUUGUGGAUGAAAGCCACUGAUACGAGUACAGGAACUCCUCUGGGUUACGCUGUGCCUGAUCAGGAUAACGAGUUUAUCAUCUACAACUACAAGUCAUUUAUGUUGUUCGUUGGAGGUAACCACAGGAAGACGUCUGUUUCUGCUAUUGACGGGAAGUGGCACCACAUCUGCGCAACAUGGGAAAAUACCGCUGGAUCUUGGAAGUUGUACAAAGAUGGUGCUGUUGCAGAUCAAGGUCACGGAUUGCAGAAAGGUUACGUGAUCCGUGGUGCUGGAUCUCUAGUGUUGGGACAAGAGCAAGACUCAGAAGCAGGAGGAUUCGCCGCGUCUCAGAGCUUUGUUGGCGAAAUGACGGGUGUCAAUAUAUGGAAUCGAGUCAUAGAUUACCACGAGAUUGCCAGUAUGUCGAAAUCGUGCGGGACAGGGGAGGGAAACGUGUAUAAGUGGUCCGAUUUUAAGCCUCACAUAAUAGGUGGAGUUCACUUGGUUUCUCCUUCGUGUGCAAUUUGAAAGAAUUUUUUUGUUUUUAAGGAGAAAGGAGACAACUCGACCAUAUUCCUAUUUUGCAAAAUUUCCCCCAGCAAAGAACUUACAGAAGAAGUUAUAAUGAUCCUGUAGGGAAAAUAAUGACAAAAAUAUCGUUUUGAAGAGAAGAUAUACGAGCAUAAAAUAAAGCCAUGAGUGUCAAAUGAAAAAAUAAAAACCAUCAGUCUCCCAAAGAUGUAAAACACCCCAAAUUACAAAACAGAGCGGUUUUCAAUUGAGUGUCGCAAAAUCAAAACCAAACCAAUUACUUAAUUACCAAUUAGACUGCUUAGCCAAUCCCAAACCGAAGUAAAACCAAAACCAAAACCAACUUAACCGCUUUAUCAAUAUUGCAGUUAUAAUCUAGCUUAUUCCUCGUCCUUUUUAAUUGAGUGUGGGAAGUAAUCAGGCAAUGACUCUGCUUUUGACUUUGAUUUUGGUUUUUCUCUGGUUUUAGAUUGGUUGAGUAGCCGAAUUGGUAAGUGACUGGUUUAAUUGGUUUUGGUUUUACGAUACUCAAUCGAAAACCACUCGAUGUAACCUGUUUUACUCACCGUAGCCAAAUUCGCAAUUAGCCAAUCAGGAGCCAGGCCCGCCGAUACCGUACGUCCUGAUAUCUUACGAUAUCAAGUAACCGACCUGAUAUGGCCCAAUAGAUGGCCGAGUAUGGUCACGGAAAUACCCAAUCGUACCUUUUGAUACUGACAUCUGUUGCAGUAUAUAUAAGGCUCGUUUUGUCUCACCAUGAGCAUUUUGUGUCGCUUGCGUCUCAGCAAAAUAUAAAAAAUGGCUUGUCUAAACUCUCUUAAUAUGCGCGCUGCCGACGAAAAGGCACUACCUCAACAUACUGUACGGUUCGUUAAUUUUACAGACAGAGCGAUAUAAACUCAGCAGAAAGAUGUGCCAAACGGUGGGUGUUUCUACCUCUACCUCUUUUUAAUCUUUGAUAAAUAAUGGUGAUAGACUGAUCAAUGGAGUCCCAUUAGGUCAAUUUUGGUCUGUUAUCAUGUGAGUGAUAAACAAAAUCGGACGACCGCGAAGCGGGCCGGGAAUUCCGUUUAAUCACGAAUAUUAGUAUAAUUACAGACCGAAUAGGCCACGUUCGGUAUAUCAAUAUUCUAUCAUGGCUCCGAGGCUUUC